UUGGCAAAGGUGGCCAUUUCUCAGGUGAGGGGGGUUGACGAAACCCAACGGCGUCAGAGUGAGAAGAUAGACGAGGAAACAAACAUGGAACUAUAACUGGAUAAACUGGCGUAAAAGGCAUUUGUUGCGACGAGAACGAAUAACAAGAAAAUUAAAGUGAACAGGACUAGUCCAGCGCCGCCAGGAUGAGUCGGAGGCGAGCGGACUCCCAGGGUUCCUUGGGGCCGGACGAUGAGGUUGUGCCCUACAGCGACGACGAGACGGACGACGAGCUGGACCCCGCUGAUGAGGAGGAGAGGCUACCUACCGCCCCCAUACCUGAGGGCCAGGGCAGCGAAUCGGGAUGGAAGGUCAUAGCAAAUGACAAAGACUUCGUCAAUUUGCCUGAGUUUAAGAAGACCGUUACUCUCUGUAUCAAGAAGAGCAAGUACUCAGGGAAUGCCAUUCGGACUUACAAAUACAACGUGCUGACGUUUCUGCCCCUGAAUCUGUACGAGCAGUUCAAGAGGGCCGCAAACCUCUACUUCCUCGCCCUGCUAAUCUUACAGAUCAUUCCUGAGAUCACCACGUUGCCAUGGUACACCACUCUAGUGCCGCUGGUACUGGUGUUGGGCAUCACCGCCAUUAAAGACCUGGUGGACGACUUGGCACGGCAUCGAAUGGACAAGGAAAUCAAUAACAGGAAGUGUGAGGUCUUGGAGAAUGGCAGGUUCAAGGAAUCAAAGUGGAGAUUCAUUCAAGUUGGAGACGUGGUGCGAUUGAAGAAGAAUGAUUUCAUUCCUGCAGAUCUAUUACUGCUGUCCAGCUCCAAUCCAAACAGCCUUACCUAUGUGGAGACUGCCGAACUCGAUGGGGAAACAAACCUGAAGUUCAAGAUGGGGUCGAAAGUGACUGACGAGAGGCUGCAGGAGGAGGCUCAGCUGGCUGGCUUCGAUGCUACGAUUUUAUGUGAGGAGCCCAACAACCGUCUGGAUAAGUUCACGGGCACCAUGUACUGGAGGAAUGAGCGCUACCCUGUGGACCUGGACAACAUGCUGCUGAGGGGCUGCAAGAUCCGCAACACUGAGUACUGCCACGGCCUGGUCAUCUAUGCAGGUUUUGACACCAAAAUCAUGAGGAACGGCGGAAAGACACGAUUCAAGAGGACGAAAAUCGACAUACUCAUGAACUACAUGGUGUACACUAUCUUUGCCGUGUUGAUUUUGGUGUGUGCUGGCUUGGCCAUCGGCCACACGUACUGGUAUGAAGACAUUGGCAGCCAGGCCUGGUACCUCUGGGACGGCAAGGAGCAGUCUGCCUCAUACAGGGGCUUCCUGAGUUUCUGGGGCUACAUCAUCGUGCUCAACACCAUGGUGCCCAUCUCACUCUAUGUCAGCGUGGAGGUUAUCCGCUUGGGCCAGAGUAAGUUCAUCAACUGGGAUCUGCAGAUGUACUACCAGGAGAAAGACACCCCUGCCAAGGCGCGCACCACCACCCUCAACGAGCAGCUAGGCCAGAUCGAGUACAUCUUCUCCGACAAGACCGGCACGCUCACUCAGAACAUUAUGGCCUUCAAAAAGUGCACCAUAUCCGGCCGCAGCUAUGGGGAUCCCACAAGUGCUGAAGGAGUGACGUUAGACCGUGGACGGCCAGUUGACUUCAGCAAGUUCCCUUAUGCAGACAAGAAGUUCCAGUUCUUUGACCAUUACCUGAUCUCCUGUAUCCAGUCGAAGAAAGACAAGGACAUGCUGGAGUUCUUCAAGCUGUUAUCCCUCUGUCACACAGUCAUGGUGGAGGAGAAGGAAGGUGAGCUGAUUUACCAGGCUGCGUCCCCAGACGAGGGCGCUCUUGUGACGGCGGCGCGGAACUUUGGCUUCGUCUUCCUGUCGCGCACGCAGGACACGAUCACCAUCAGCGAGAUGGGCAAGGAGGCCACCUACGAGAUGCUCGCCCUGCUCGACUUCAACAGCGACCGCAAGCGCAUGUCUAUCAUCCUGAGGUUUCCGGAUGGUCGCAUUCGCCUGUACUGCAAAGGAGCUGACACGGUCAUUUACGAGCGCCUAAGCCCACAAUCCCGCCACAAGGAGACGACACAAGAAGCAUUAGACAUCUUCGCCAAUGAGACACUUCGAACCCUGUGCCUGUGCUACAAGGACAUAAGUCAUGCUGAGUUUGAAGCUUGGACUCGGAAGCACCACGAGGCCAGUGUGGCCCUGGGCAACAGGGAAGAGGCCUUGGACACCGUGUACGAAUUGAUCGAGAAGGACAUGCUGCUCAUCGGUGCCACGGCAAUAGAGGACAAGCUUCAGGACGGGGUUCCAGAAACGAUCGCCAAACUAGCCAAGGCUGACAUCAAGAUCUGGGUCUUGACGGGUGAUAAGAAAGAAACUGCUGAGAAUAUUGGCUAUUCAUGUGAGCUGCUGACCGAUGACAUGCAGAUCCAUUAUGGAGAGAAUGUUAAUGAGAAACUGAGCCAACGUCAAGCCAACAGAAGGAACAACCCCAUUGCGAAAGCGAAAAAAACCAAAGAGCCUUUCUUCACCGGCACAGACAAAAACGCCCUGAUCAUCACAGGCUCAUGGCUGAACGAGAUUCUGUACGAGAAGAAGAAGAAGCGUCGGCGGCUGCGUCUGCGUCGGCUGGGCAAGAGGUCGGCGGCUCCCGGCGGCCCUCAGGACGGUCAGCCGCAGGACGAGUACGAGAAGGAGAUGCGGCAGGAGGACUUUGUGGACAUGGCGUGCGAGUGCAGCGCCGUCAUCUGCUGCCGCGUCACGCCCAAGCAGAAGGCCAACGUGGUCAGCCUGGUCAAGAAAUAUAAGAAGGCCGUCACCCUCUCCAUCGGGGACGGCGCCAACGACGUCAACAUGAUCAAGACUGCCGAUAUCGGCGUGGGCAUCAGUGGUCAGGAGGGCAUGCAGGCGGUCAUGUCCAGUGACUACGCCUUCGCCCAGUUCCGCUACCUGGAGCGCCUCCUGCUGGUGCACGGCCGCUGGUCCUACAUCCGCAUGUGCAAGUUCCUCAGAUACUUCUUCUACAAGAACUUCGCCUUCACCCUGGUCCACUUCUGGUACUCCUUCUUCAGCGGUUACUCCUCACAGGUUGCGUAUGAGGACUGGUUCAUCACUCUCUACAACGUGGUCUACAGCAGCUUACCUGUCCUCUUGGUCGGCCUACUGGAUCAGGACGUGAGUGACAAGCUGAGUCUGAAGUUCCCCAAGCUCUACCUGCCGGGCCAACAGGGGGCGCUCUUCAACUACAAGAACUUCUUCAUCAGUCUGUUCCACGGCAUCUUCACCUCGCUCAUCAUCUUCUUCAUCCCAUACGGCGCCUUCCUGCAGACCAUGGGCCAGGACGGGGAGGCGCCCUCCGACUACCAGUCCUUCGCCGUCGUCACCGCCUCCUCGCUCAUCAUCACCGUCAACCUGCAGAUAUCCCUGGAUACAUCCUACUGGACCUUUGUGAACUGCUUUGCUGUGUUGGGAAGUAUAGCCCUCUACUUUGGAAUCAUGUUUGACAUUCACAGUGCAGGAAUACAUGUGCUCUUCCCCUCAGCAUUUACAUUUACUGGAGUGGCGUCCAAUGCCCUGAGACAGCCCUACCUAUGGCUGACCAUCAUCCUGACGGUGGGCAUUAGCCUCCUGCCAGUCAUCUGCAUCCAGUUCCUCUUCAAGACCAUACGGCCUUCUGUUGGAGACAAGGUGCAGAGGAACAGGAGGAAGUACGAGGCGGAGGAGGAGGAGAAGAAGAAGCCGACUCCAUUCCAGCGCGGCCGCCGCUCCCGGCGCUCUGCCUACGCCUUCUCGCACUCGGCUGGCUACGCCGACCUCAUCGCCUCAGGACGCAGCUUCCGGCAGAGACCCCGGCCUAGGCACCCCCAGGAGAGCAUCCGCGAAGUCCCCCGGGCUGAGAACAUCUGAGUGGGGACAAGAGAAUGAGGACUGGGGAGGUGGUCUGGCCCCUAUGGGAGGGAGUCACUGCACUAAGCAAAAUAAAAAAAACACAAAGACUGACACUCACCGAAGGCCACCGUUUUCUCUGUUCUUUUGUUCCUUUUUUUGUUUGUUUUAAUGGUGUACGUACGUAUGUAUGGCACAAUGUUGUAUUUCUCAGGAUUUUAAGUUCGUUAUUUUAAAUGUCUUUCAUUGUCGGGACCGUUAUUAACUCAUGUUGUUUUGGGGGUAAGCUUAACAAAAAGUUUGUUUUUCUUGACUACUUCUUCUUUCUGUCCUUUCUACAUCAGUGUUGCAAUUGGCAAGGAGCUCCUCUGGGCUUGCGUCCUGUAAUGCCUUUGUCUGUGUCCCCCUCCUGCUCCUCUCGAGGCUAAAUUAGUUUGGUUUGUUUUGACACAAGCCGGCAAUUUCUAAACACAGGUGUUGGCUGGCUUGUUUUGCUCCGAUGGGUCUUGCAAAAAGUCAAGGGUUUCUCCUUCGUGGUCUUAUUUAAGGGGGUGUGAGUAGGGAUGAUUAUUUUGAACAGGAGGGGGAAUGGGGAGGUUCAGUGAACUGCGCUCUUCUUUUGUGUUCAGUAUGGAAACCAGAGAUGUUUACAGUUUGACUGUUAAAUUCCACUAGUUGUAUGUUUUUUUUUCUUUUGUUUCUUCUCCCGAGCCAAAAAUCAUGAUUUAUUUUGUUUCAAUCAUGAUACACAUUUUGCACCUACUGAUUAUCAUGUGUAAAUUGGCUUCAGUGAAAUCUGGAGCUAGUCAUACUGUAUAUCACUUAGAGUGGCAUUCCCCUAUUUUUCUGGAAAUAAGUUAAUUCCCCUCCUCCCCUCAAGUUAAACUAUUGAGUUUCAUCUUUCUCCUGUUCUUCCAGCGGUUCUCUGAGUCUCGUGAUGUUACUUCUAGUUCCAAGCUAGCAUUUUUUAUUGAAUGGAAUGGGACGUAGCUGGUCCCAUACAGUUUAAUUAAACAUGCCGGCUUGGAGCUAGAAGCUGUGUUGCUGGACUGAGAAUGUGUGUCAGUACAAGAGAUAAGUUAUUACUCAAUGUUUGCUUCAAGGGGAGGUGACCCAAACUGAGCUCCUUUCCAGAAAUGUGGUGGCGUGUCGCUUUAAUGUCAUAACCUUACUAAGCAUGCAGUUAGUCUGGGGGGUUAUGGGUUGCACCUCAAUGAUUUAAUGUUGCCUCAAGCCUCACCCAUAUCACCACUGUUACAUUUUUGAAUGUGUAUAAUACCCAUCUUUUAUAUUGCAAUUUUCCUGUUUUUAGAGAUCACCAUGAAAAACUAUUUUCAUAUGGUAUCAAACAAGGGCUUUAAAUCUGGAUGCCUUAUAUCUAUAUAUUCUUACAGAACCGCAUUUUACAAAUGUCACAUCAUGCAUUUUAAUGUAAUAUAGUUUGUAAAAUACAUUGAAUAAAGCUAUAUCUGAAUGACA